CAGCACCCGAGGAGAGACACCUCACUCACCUUUUUAUAAAAUAUAUGGCGAUAAAUUAGAUGUUAUCAAGGACUCAUCUUUAUGGGAGGACAUCAAAAAGGAGAUAUGAGGAUACAGAAUUGUAAAGGAUAUAAAAACAGCUUGUUUUAAAAGUUAUCCUUAACUUACCUUUUUGUAAAACAUGUAUGGCAGAGAUUUGACAAAGGACUGAUCUUUCUGCAGGUACUUUAAAAGGUGGAUACCUCUUGAGGAUAUCGUCUAUAAACGGAUUUUUAAGAGAUUGUUUCCAAGGGACCCUUGUAAGACUUGAGAUGCUGGAGAUGCAGCAGCUGGGGAAAUAACUCCGUAAUGCUCAACCCCCCCUCGGAGGCUCCCGUGCUGCAGGGUCUGUGGGAGGCGGUGCAGGCCGGGCAGCGCGAGGUGCUGCUCUCCCCUUACCUGCCCGCCUCCUACGCCUUCCUGACGCACGUGCUCCUCUGCACACCUUUCCUCGCGCUGGACGCGCUGGGCAGCGUGUGUCAGCGGGUACGCUCGUGGAGAGUGUCUGCAGGCUCGGGCCCCCCUCCCUCGCUCCGCCGCUGGGGGGAGUGUUUCCUCCGCGUGCUGAGCAGAUACCUGAGCUCCGUGCUGCCCGCCACCGCGCUGCUGCACGCGCUGUGCAGCCCCGCGGUGCUCCCCCUGCUCGCGCCCUCCUGCUGGGAGCUGUGCGUGGAGGUGUUCGCGUGUCUGCUGGUCUUUGACACGCUCUUCUUCAUAUGUCACGUGGCCAUGCACAGGGUGCCCUGGCUGUACCGCAGGGUCCACCGGCACCACCACCGGCACCACCUCCCCUUCGCCCUGGCUGCUCAGGACAGCUCUUCUCUGGAGCUCCUGUCCCUGCUGCUGAUGGCCCUGAGCAGCUCCUGGUUGGUCGGCUGCCACCCGCUCAGCGAGGCCGUCUUCCACCUGCUCAACAGCUGGCUGGCGGUGGAGGACCACUGCGGAUACGACCUGCCGUGGGCUCUGCACCGCCUGCUGCCCUGCCUGGGAGGAGCCCCCUGCCACCAGGCCCACCAUGCUCUGCACAACGUCAACUAUGCCCCCUACUUCACCCACUGGGACCUCCUCUUCGGGACAUACUGUGCACCAGAGCUGUAUCUACGUAAAGAGAGAUAAAACUGUUGCCUGUGCAGAGAUGGCAAAAGUACACACAUCCUUUACUCAAGUAGAAGUACAGAUAAUCGUGUUUAAAAAUACU